UUAUCCGAUAGCAUAGCGCUACAGUGUAGCGCUACUAUUGUAGCAGGAUUACUAUAUUAGAAUAUAACUCCUAGAGCAAUUCAAAUGUUGAAUUGUUGAGUAAUGUAGUAAUUAUAUUACUACAUUAAAUAUGUAUAUUGUUGCCUUGAACAUCCCUAUUUGAGUUAAGCCUGUUUCAGAGAAUAUUGUGCGUUUAUGUGAUUAGCACCCUUGAGCUCAUAGGUUUAGCUCCCAGUCACAUUCUGUAUGAUCUACCUCUAUGCGCAGCUCAGCCGUUUCCAUGGUGACAAAUCAUGCAGGUGUUGUUGAUACCACAGCGUCGUCAAACUCCACGGGUUGGAUCGUCUAAAGCUAAUAAAGCUCUUAGUUUUAUGACGUGCGAAGGACCGUCGAAGAUAUAUGGGCCCAUCCCACCAGACCCAUCGCUUUUCCCCGACUACUACAAACGACCUGCUUCUGCCCGGGGGCGGUUAGAAGGACAUUCUGAUGGGACUUUAGCGCUGCUGUCAGGGCCGCUGGCCCCAGACCCAGGGCUCCACCCUGAGUGCUACAGUUGUCGUGACCCACCACGUCCUCCGCGAAUUGGUCGCAAUGCCACCCACAUCCUGGAGCGUGGACAGAGGGGUGUAGUGGGAGCACUACUUAAAUUGGAGGGUGUUUCCUUCAGCCCAAGCACUCCUAAACAAAAACAGUUUAUGCGUGAUUAUGGAAAAGAGAACAUAAAGCGUCUGAGGGAGAUCCAGAGGCGCUGCAAAGAACAGGAGGCUGUCCGAGUGAAUUCACAGCCUGUCCCAGUGAAAGCACUCUGGAGCUCCGCCAAAUACCAGAACAUCCCAUCCAGGGUGAUGGCCGAGCUACAAGAAUCUGGCUCCCAUCCGAAGCCACAGUGUCAGACAUUUCUGAGGGGGCAUUCUAGCUGUGCAUCCGCUGGACCUGUCGGUAUACAUCGCCGCGCCUCAGUUUCUGCUCUGCGACAUCCAGAUCCCCGCAACAAUGCAGGCGACGAGAACCAACCAUUAGAAAUCCAGGGAAAGAGCGUGGACUUCAUCAGACACAAUGCAAGAGCUGCAGGGAAGGUGGUUCUCCGUCGAUCCCAGUCUUUGACUAACCUCAAAGACAAGCCGGUCCCAAGUGCCGUGAAGGGCCAGGUGCCUCAGUAUCUGGAGAAGAGGAAGGAACAGUGGCGUAAAGAGAAGGAAGAGAAGAAGAAGAUUGCGCCGGACUCGACCAUCCCUCCUGGGCACACGUUAAUGACUGACGGGGAGAGACGGGAUACACUGCAAUCGCUCAAAGAGAGCCACAAGACCCUGGUGAAGGAGCUGCUGUCUCUCCCGGUCCGGGCAGAUAGUCUGAGUAUAUGUUCCCGUCGCACUCAGCUUGAUCGCAGGCUGUCUGAAAUGGAAGAGGCGAUAAAAAUAUUUUCAAGGGACAAAGUGUUCGUCAAAACUGAUUCAUAGAAAUGGUUGCGUGAAACAGUAUUAGUACUGCGUUGGAUCACUGUAGUGGUUUAGUUAUGUUGUAUAUAGUGUUCCAUUGAAGUUGCAUCAUCUUACUUUUUUAUUCUUAAUUAUUUUGAAUUAAGAUAAUUAGUAUACACUUUUUGAAAGUCUGGUUUAUUUAUAUGUUUUUCAUAACAUGCUUAAGCAUUUAUUUAAUUUAGCUAUGGAAGUCCCCAGUCUCUACAGGUUGUUGUUUGGAAAACCUAGUGCUGCCAAAACCCUUUGGAGCAUGCCAUUGCCAGCAACAUGAGAUUGGAAGGAGAUGCAUUAUAAAGAGUUGAUAUGCACCAUCGAUAGUAAUUGUAUGUUUGGUAAAUCUAAAUACAUUUGGAUUAUAGAGCUUUCAAUUAAAAUUUUAUCAUUGGAUUAUGAUUUCAAAUAUAAGUGCAUUACACUGCAGAUCUUACAGUUUUUCUCAAUUGUUUAAACAUGUUUUCUGAUACUAUAGUAGUAGCUAUAUAGUAUAAAAACUGUUGCCAUAUUGUAAUACCAUACUGUGAAUAUAUCAUAUAAAUAUUGCAAUGACACAAUUGUAUCGGAAUAGGAUAUAAUGCAUAUUUGAUCCAAUGAACUCCAAUGGGCUAAACUCACAAUCCCAGCUUCCCAGAGUCAUACUGAUGCUGUAACAUUGUUCUCACAAUGCACCAAUGUUACCUAUUUUGGUAAAUUACAGUACUGUAAUUGCACUGAUAAGUUAAAUGAAAAACAAGUUUGAAAUGUUUACUCUUUCGAGGAUGUACUGAUGAAAUCUGUGCAAGUACAAGAGCAAAAAGGUAACAAAGCAAAUUUUUUGCUGAACUGACUGGAAAAAAAAAAAUAUAUAUAUAAAUGAGGUGAAACAGAUCUACAUGUAAAUCAUGUAUCUCACCUCCAAUACUGAUCAGGCCAAAGGACCAUAUCUACAACACAGUAGAGCUCACCGAGUCCUCUUUAAUGCUCUGACACAUGAUUGAAGUGUUUUGCCAGUUGAGUUUGAACAAGUGAGAAGUGAGUUCGACUUAUUGGUAAUUAGUUGUUGCGUUUCGAAGGCCAGUGUGAUCCAGGUGAACCGAGUGUGCUAAAUGAUGAGAUCUGUGCUUAGAGUUUAGCAAAAAUGUGAAAACGAGAGUUUAGCAGUCUGGAGUCUUGUAGUUGAUACAUGAGCGUCAAGUUUUCAGAAUUGUGUGCAUAUAGUUCCUUUGGUAUACAAUCGAGAAGAACUGUAAUCGGGUGAAUUUGUUUAACUUUCCCUGAAUAAAUGAGAACCUUUGUAAUAA